CUGAAGGUGCUCAGCAGCUGUAGCAAAAGCGACAGGUGCGCGUAGCUGGGAGAGGUUUGGUGGGGAGCGGCCGCCAGAAGGUCGAGUUACUGCUGUGUUUCAAGAUGGAGCCAUCUCCAUUUAACAGAAGGACAUGGACUUCACAUUCUCUGAGGAUCACCGCCAAAGAGUUGUCUCUUGUCAACAGGAACAAGUCAUCUGCUCUUGUAGAGAGGUUCUCAAAAUAUCAGAAGGCAGCUGAGGAAGCAACUGCAGAGAAAAAAAGAAGUAACACAGACAAUCUUCCCCCUCAUUUUAAAAGGGGGACCCUCAGCGUCUUAAAGAAGAAGUGGGAGAGUCCAGCACUGGGGACGGAGACUCGGAAGGAAACGCUACGAAGCAGCUGUGCUGAGUAUAGGCAGAAGGCUGUCAGCCCCGGUGGUGGAAUUGAAAGCAGCUCUGCAUCCCAAGCAGAAAUUGACAAAACCUCAGGGAUUGGUCCCAGAUCACGACUCCAUUCCUCUUCCGGAGUGAUUGGCCAGUUCAGAUAUCCCAGUGUUGACAGCGAAGAGGCUAAAACCCAUUUGCCCGAGAGUGGGAAAAUGGAAAAUUGUCUUAGAGAAUCCAGACAAGAAGUAGGAAAGCCUGAGGCCAAUGAAAAUCCAGAUUCUUCAGGAAAAAUAGAGAAAUGUAGCGUUCCUCUGAGCAGGCUAAAGAUGAUGUUUGAGAGGGGGGAUGCAAUCCAGACAAAGGUUCUACGUGAGCAGGGCAGGGCUGCUGGUGGUAGAAGAAUCUCGGAGAACAGCUUUUCUUCAGAGGACCUUGAUUUCAGUUCUGGCGAAAAAAGCCACAGUGUCUCAGGUCAUCUGGUAUGCACCUCUCCAACAUCCAGCCCAGAGAAGCCAGAGAGCAGGAAGAACCAGGACAUCCCUCGCUUGUCAGAAACAUCAAUCAAGGAUAGGCUUGCUAAGUACCAAGCAGCUGUGUCCAAACAGGGCAGCUCUAGUAGUCAUGUGAAUGAGAUUCAAGCCAGUGAAAGCGAGGAUAACAACUACAAUGGUGAACAGAAGGAGAAUUUGCCACCAAGCUCUGAAGAUUUGUUUCCCCAUCAUGAUGGGGAGAAGGUUUCCAUAGGAGAUGGUUUGAAUUCCAGUCUUUAUGAAGAUGGCAUCAUGGGAUUAAACGUCCAGAAAGAAACUGAGGUCCUGAGGUCUGUCUAUGCCAAACAACAAAGCCCUGAUUCCAGAGCAUCUAGCCAGACUGAUACAUCUCCCCCGAAAGCAGUGAAGAAGUUCCAGUUGCCAGCAAAGGAAACAUGUGUUGCAUGCAAGAAGACUGUAUACCCAAUGGAGCGUCUCUUUGCCAACCAGCAAGUAUACCAUAUCAGCUGUUUCCGCUGUUCUUACUGCAAUAGCAAACUCACUCUUGGAACAUAUGCAUCUCUACAUGGAAACAUUUACUGUAAGCCUCACUUUAACCAGCUCUUUAAAUCCAAAGGCAACUAUGAUGAAGGCUUUGGACAUAAGCCGCACAAGGAACUGUGGGUAAGCAAAACUGAGAAUGAAGAGUCCCCAGAGAAACAUGCAUAUAUUGGAAAUGCCAUGGAAAGCCCCCCGAGUCCAGGAGUGGAAGAUGCUCCAAUUGCAAAAGUUGGAAUUCUAGCAGCUAGCAUGGAAGCAAAAGCUGCUGGUGUGCUUGAGAAGGAAGAGAGGCCUACCGAAACCAAGAAGCUGAAGAUUGCCUGGCCACCUCUUCCUGAACAAGGCAGCCAAGGAAGUGUCUUGGAAGAAGGGAUUAAAGUGUUGAAGCCAAAGUGGCCCCCAGAAGAUGAGAUCCCAAAGCCAGAUCAUCAGGAAGAUGUGGACCAAGACCUUAAAAAGCUACGAAGGACAUCUUCACUUAAAGAAAGAAGCCGACCAUUUACAGUAGCUGCCUCGUUUAGAACAAUAUCUGUUAGGGGCCACAGAACUGAGAAUGCCUCGCCUCCCAAGGCUGAGAGGAGUGUGAUCCGGGCAAGUGAGGAACCAGAGAAGGAAAUGGUGGUAGAAAACAAGUCAGUGGAAGGAAGCAAUGCAGCUGAGCAUGGUGGUGCUCCAAAUGCUGCUGAGGAGGAUAAGGAGCUGGACAAAGGAAAGGCAGGAGCAAGAGUCGAGGACAGCCUCGUUGAAAAUGGCCAGAGGAGCGCUGACACUGACGAGGAAGAAGUUGCUGCAGGAGAGCCUGUAACUCCGGAGAAAGAGGCAUCGUUCCAUAUGUCUCCCAAACGUCCCAUCUUGAAUUUGACAAUUGCGAAAGACCCAUCCGCUAGUCCAGAUCGUAAAUCCCAAGAUGUAGGGUUUUUUGAAGGUGAAAACCUAGAAGAUUUGACUGUGGAAGAGCAGAUCAAGCGCAACAGAUAUUAUGGUGAAGAGGAAGACUAAGAAGGAACGUGACUUGUUUCUCACUAGAGAACUUACUGCAGGGUGCUGGGCCUUAAAUUGAUGUGUUUAGUGUUUUGGGUUCCCCUCCCCCCUAAAGUGGCUACCCUCUAUGAAAGUGAUAUUGUGCUGCAGGUUAAUGCAUAAGGGAACCAAAAAGACUUGCUCAGAUUCACAUUUUAUAGGAAAUUUCUUUGGAAACCUGCAAGAAUGUAGCUGAUUCUGUGAAAAUUGAAUAGUAAACAUAAAUCUGUUAUCGGAAUAGCUGCUGCUUCAAUUGAGCAAAACUGUACAUUCCUGAAUUCCAUUCUGGCCUCUUAUUCUUUUCUGCUUUUGUUAAUACAGCCAUUGUUGCAACAUGUCACUAUACUCCCCAGAGCUGAGCUGGAAAAAAAGGGGCUGUUUGAGAUAUAUUACUAUUACCACUUACAAUACUACUGCAGUGCUUAGGGACCAGUUCCAAGGGGCUUGAGGACCACUUUAAAUGGUGACUGCACUUUAAUGUUUGUGUAAAGGCACAAUGGAUACAUUUUUAAAACUAGUGAAAACACUGUCUUAUAGGUGUCCAAUAAUAAUAUUAUCUUAAACAUGUAAUUGGCGGCAUAAUUUUAGGGGGAAGCUAUGUUUACUUGCAAUGAUGAGAAAGGGACCUUCGCACUUUGCUGUUUUUGUUUUGUUUUGCAUACAAGAUUUGUAAAUUGGGACCCAGGUGAAUCAGAGCCUGCUGGUUGGCUAUCUUUCUCACACCUUCCUAGAAAUGUGGCAUCUUUAUUUCCAAGAGUAGUGCUAACUGAAGGACUGUGUAGAGGGCAAUGCUUCUGUCUGCAAGGUAGCACUACUUACAUUUCACAUUUGUCCUCCUGAAAUAAUGUUUCCUAAUUAAAAUGUUCAUUCUGCUCUUCUGCAAACAAUAUAAGUUAUGAAACACUUUAUGUACCAAACAUCCAGAUUUAAGAGUCAGCAUGAAGAAUGCUGCAUGCAAAAAUCUACAUGAGGGGAUUUCUUGGGACUGAUUCCUAGCAUUGUUUUUUUUUUUUUAGUGCUUUUCAACUUGACGCAUGUAUUUUAUAAAUCAUAGUAUUUUAAGUUGGGCAAAGGGUUUACUUUAAUAGUUUUUAAUCUUUUUCUAAUGUAUUUACUUAAAUUAGCUCUAACUAUAUUUUAGAGUUGUAAAAUAUUCUGCUUUCUUACCAAUCUCGCUAAGUAUGAAACAUUUUUUUUCAAUAAAGGCUUUGUCAUUUUUAUUGUU